AUGGCCGCCGCACCUCAAUCUUUCUACGAGCUUUACCGCCGUAGCAGCAUCGGCCUUGCGCUGACAGAUAUGCUGGACGAUCUUAUCAGCGAGGAGCGCAUUCACCCUCAGUUGGCGAUGAAGAUUCUGGCCAAUUUCGAUCAGGCUAUCACAGAGGCCCUGCAAAAGAGCGUCAAGGCCCGCUUGACUUUCAAGGGAAGCUUGAGCACCUACCGAUUCUGCGACGAAGUCUGGACGUUUCUUAUUAAGAACGUUCAAUUCAAGCUGGAUAAUGGUGGGCAGAUUGUGACCGCCGACAAGGUCAAGAUCGUCAGCUGCAACGCCAAGAAGCCUGGUGAAGGCCCUUGA